AAUGAAGAUAUUUUUCAUCCUGGACUUGAAGUAACUGGUAGAGAGGCAGCUCCAGUCGCCUCUCUGGAGCACGGACGCAGUCACAAGCCGGCAGCCAGCAGAGCCAAGCUGUCUUGGGCAUCCUUGCGCACCGCAUCAGCGGACCUGGGACCUCGAACGCCGGACGGGCGCGAAAGGCACUCGGAACGCUUGCAUUUCUGGAGCGCGGCGACUGUCCUUGAGCGCGGAGGGGCGAGCUCGCCGCCGGAGCGCCCCAGCAAGAAAAGGCGCAGAAGCGGUGGUGGCGCCCGAGCACCCGAGGGGGUCCGAGCCCCUGCAGCCGGCCAGCCCCGAGCCACAAAGGCAGCGCCCCCGCCGCCUGGCACGCCACCUCCCUCCCCAAUGUCCUCGGCCAUCGAGAGGAAGAGCCUGGAUCCGUCUGAGGAGCCCGUGGAUGAGGUGCUGCAGAUCCCCCCGUCCCUGCUGACAUGUGGAGGCUGCCAGCAGAACAUCGGGGACCGCUACUUCCUGAAGGCCAUCGACCAGUACUGGCACGAGGACUGCCUCAGCUGUGACCUCUGCGGGUGCCGGCUGGGCGAGGUGGGGCGGCGUCUCUACUACAAGCUGGGCCGGAAGCUGUGCCGGAGGGACUAUCUCAGGCUUUUUGGCCAAGAUGGUCUCUGCGCCUCCUGUGACAAGCGGAUUCGUGCCUAUGAGAUGACGAUGCGGGUGAAAGACAAAGUGUAUCACCUGGAGUGUUUCAAAUGUGCCGCCUGUCAGAAGCAUUUCUGCGUGGGCGACAGAUACCUCCUCAUCAACUCUGACAUAGUGUGCGAGCAGGACAUCUACGAGUGGACUAAGAUCAAUGGGAUGAUCUAGGCAUCUUUGGGGAGGUGUUUCACUGAAGUCACUGUCUCCGUGGGGUCUUCACUCUUAGGCACUUUGGGGAUUUGAGGGUGGGAUGAGACAUUUCUUAUGACAUAAUGCAAAGAAUGAUACCUAAAUGUGACAAAAUGAACAGCCUACAGGGAGAACUUGUGGACAAUGGCCACACCCUACCCAUAAUAACUGACAUGAUUAGUGGAGGAAAGGAUCAUUGGGGGAGGAGACAGCAUUUGUGUCAUCAUGAUGGGACUUCACAUCUACAGAUAGGCAGUUGUGGAAAGACAUGUUGUGACUUUGACCCUUGAGAACUAGAGAUGUGCAAUUGAUUACUUCCUGGCUUUUAUGGCAACCCUGUUCCAAUUACUGUCCUCCACAUAAGGGAAGGACAGAGAGGAGAGUGGCCAACUUCCCAAGGCCUUAAGCAUUGGACCCAAGGGAAAUUGCAUGGAGACACAUUUCAGUUGAGAACGGGAACUACAACUUUUAACCAAACAAUUAUUUAAAGCAACACUGAUGAGUCACUGUUUUUAGAUACCUUAGUUUUGAGGUGAGAAGUUCCACAGAUUGUUUCUAUACAAAUGUAAAUCUAAAAAAAAAAAAAAAAGGUUGUUCAACUAUUUUAUUAUCUUAGAUUAUAUGAAAGUAUUUGUUGUGUGUAGUUAUUAAAAAAAAUAAACUUCUGCAGACAAUAAAAAACA